CACCUGUCAAUGGUAUCAAAAAGUCUGGGCUUUAAUUUUUGGACGGGAAUGGUUGUAUAUAAAGUUAAAAUAGAUCUGUACUUCAACAUGAAAAUAUUAAAAACCUUCCUUCUGUUUUGUUUUUUCCUGGAUUGUGCACGGGCUGAAAUUAAUGGUAAUAUACUAGCUGAUGAAUUACAGCGAGUACUAGAGGACGUGGGUUACACGCAGAUGCAGGAGCAUUUCAAUCGCCUUCAGUACACAGAGUCUAUGGUAGACUAUCCGACUGUCACAAAGAAGACUGCUGAUGCUUUGAAAUACAAAUUUGAAGAAAUGGAACGAGCUCUUGUAUCUUUAAAGACCACAAUUGAGAAUGAGUAUAAAUUAUUUUCAUCACAAAUGACGUCACGAGACUGUUGUGAUCAAGCAGAAUAUUCAUAUGACAGUCGAUUCCGUGCAAAGGUUGAUUAUGAAAAUAUGUGUGUAACAACAUCCGGGCUGUCAUCACGUCCAAAGAAAUAUCCAACAAAUAAAGUUCUUCAAGCAAUGAACUCAAACCACAAGAACAACCCGAGCCUUCUCUGGCAGUAUGUCGGAUUGGAAAACGGUGUUCUAAUUAAUUAUCCAGCUACGAAGUUGUCAGAUUGUAGCGCAUACGAUCCUAGAUACAGACCUUUUUAUAAAACUGGAGCCUCUCCUGUUCCUAAGGAUGUUGUGGUACUUGUUGAUGUAUCCAAAUCGAUGUCAGGGACUUAUCUGCAGAAAGCAAAGGACGCUGCUAAUACUGUACUAGAAACACUGAAUAGUAAUGACAGGGUUGGUAUAGUGAUGUUCAACGACAAUGCCUAUGUUCCAACAUCCAGCAACCAACCUUGCUACGGAAACCAACUUGCUGUCGUCACCCGAAAAACCAAAUCAGUUUUAAAAUCUUUCAUAAAUACCAAAACCUCUGAAGGGAAUACAAAUUACUCCAAAGCGUUUUCUAAAGCUUUUGAUUACUUCCAAACCUCCUUUAUGAGCCCGAACAGAGAUCAAAUCAUCUUGUUCUUAACUGACGGCCGAAACGUUGGUCCAGAGGAUGUUUUAAAAGUUAUUCAUGAGAGGAACAGCCAACUAGGGAAUAAGGUUGUAAUACACACCUUUGGAAUAGAAGAUGUUCCCACUUCCGCUGAAACAUUAUUGAGGGAUAUAUCCAAACAAAGCGGAAGUAACAUUACUUAUGGAGAUGUCAAGCCUGGUCAGUAUAUGCCAGUACCUGAUGUGACUUACCUCCCCGAAGCUUUAGGAUCCUUUUAUACCUAUACCAACAAUCCUGUAGCUGUCAAACCUCUCUUUACCUUGCCCUAUAGGGACUAUUUCUCCAAAAACGGUCUGAUUUUAUCAGCAUGCCUAACUUUGACGUCCGCCAGCGAGUUUAUAGGUGUGGUUUGUACAGACAUCAAACUGAGUGAACUAGUUAUAGACACAUCAUACUUACAGGAAGGGGAGAUAACCUACUCCUUUAUCAUGGACGGCUUUGAGCGCACUUUAGUGCAUCCCUUACUUCCUGACCCUCGAGACAACAGCGCGGAGGAAUACGACGUCAGCAAUAUUUACAAUUUUGAAACCGCCAGUGAUGUUAGAACGGUCAUUGAGUCGAUGAAACUUGGCAAGUCAGGAAGUGCAGAAAUAAACACGACGUUUACACAAGUUCGAGGGAAUCUGCUUAUGGAAGGAGAUAAACGAACAAAUAUCCAUGCUGUGUACCAAUGGGAACCUAUAAUUGGAAGUAAUUUCUCGCUUUGCAUCGUGUUUGCCAAACACUCUCUAAAAAGGAAUUUGAAUGAUUUACCAGCAAGCAGUACAGGUUUUCUGUACCAUAGAUGGGACCUUACUAACUGGCCAUCACCAGUUUGUCGUCAAUUUGCCCGCUACGCUACAGCAGAACAGUCAAGUGUUAAACUUACGCCAGAAGCUUUCCUCGAUCCCGGCGAGUAUCUAGAUACGAAUGAAACGAAAAGUGAUGUUAGGAAAAUGGAAGACUUAGUCUCUGGGUUGAUAACCACAAACCCUGGAGUAAAGCGCUCGGCAAUAAACGGUAUUCUUGCGACAGAGGAGAUAGAAAAGAUCUGGAAGAAAAACCAGAAAGAGGCUACGUUUGUCGUCUGGCGGUACCUGGCCACACAAGAAGGCGUCAUUAGAGUGUACCCGGGAGUAAGACUGCCAGAUUCCUACGAUUUUAAACUUCGACCGUGGUAUCGGCGAACACUAGCUAAUCGAAAUAUGAAUGUUGUGUCAGCUCCUUACAACGAUUAUUGGGGCGCAGGAAAAGUGAUUUCAAUCAGUCGUAUUCUUAACACAAAAAGCUCUGUUCCUUUCUCACAAAACGAAGUGACUGAGGCUGCUUUAGCGAGCGACUUUUCAAUGUUCUAUUUUCAUCAGAUGGUCAAAAAGAAAUACCCUCAAUGCACUGACACGAGAUAUAUCUGUAUGAUUAUAGACAAUAGCGGUUUCCUAGUGAUGCACCCAUUUCAAAUCGAGUCUCAGGAAUAUUAUUUUGAAGAUCGACAGAUCCAUAUAACAAACUUGGAUGGCCGUAUUGCACGAUCCCUCAUAAAAGAAAAUAUAAUGUUCAGGCAGCCUUGCUUGGAUGUAGAGAAUGGGCAAGAUCAAAUGACGUACAGGAAUGCUAUCGAUUACUAUGACACAAAUUUAUUUUUUAUUCUAAAAUCUAGAUCAAAUGAUGAAGCUUGUUGUUCUAAUGAGAAUUCAAAAAAGUCGCCAAAUGUCGUCCAGUGUGAUGCUUCGAAAAUUUGUGAUUGUCUUUGUUUCAAGCAAGUAGACUUCAACGAUUGUGAAAAUGCAUACAACAUGGUAGAUAAUCACUUACCAUGUAGUGCCAAACUCCCAGAGCUGAUGUCAGGCAACUCAAAUGAAGAUGAAAUUGCUAUGAUAAAAAACUUACCUCUAUGUUUUCCAUAUGACUGCAGUUGCCGAAAAACUGAAUUUGACUGCUAUAAUGUAUCUGGUUGUUCCUGGUGCACAGAGACGAGGUCUGGAGAUAUACUGGAGAAUGGAUUCUGUGCUCUUCAGGAGACAUGUCCGGCUCAUGUUUGUAAGACAGACGAUUGCUCUUCAAAAUGUGGCGCAUCUAAAAAGCCUCAAGAAAAGGAUGAUUCGGUUGUUAUCAUUGUCGUCCCAAUUGUGUGUGUGAUAAUAAUUCUCCUGGUGAUUGUUUCUGUAAUAUUUAUAAUUCGAUGCCGACAAGGAGACAAUCCAAAACAAACAUAUCUGGAUCCAGUUGGAGAGAAUGAAGACGCCGCUUCUCAUUAUCACGAAGUAGGAUAUGUCCACACUAUAACCCCGGAUACGGAUGAAGAAUUUCAAACUAAUAAAUACGAGGGUAGACGGUUACCUGCCCAUCCUCCAGUAGAGCAUUCCACAGACUUGUACUUAACAUGCAGUUCCACUAAUGGUUCUUGAUGAAUAAUGAUGCAGUAGUUAAGCUUUAAAUAUUUGUCUCCUUCCUCGAGGUGUCUUGUCAAAGAGGAAGUAAAGCCAUAUGUAAAUGAAUUGACCUGCGCAUUCAGACAGAUUCUUAUUUGACUGAUGGGAUCAGGGUUAAAUCUGAAAGUUGUACGGUGUAUCUGCCCAAGAUGAGAACAAAAGUUCAAUAUAAGAUCAUAACUUCUAGUAUAUAAGAAUGCCCAUUUGAGUAAUCAUCUUUGAAAUAAGGUAAUGGCCAGGUUCUAUUAUACCUUUAAAUGGACACAGAGUAAUUUUAGCAGGAGCAAAUGACAAAAAAGUGAAUACAAUAUUCAUUUGUCAUCGGUGAAAAAUUAAAUACUCGAAUUAUACUAGAGUUCUAAUAUAUACAUUUUGCAUAGAUUUUAAAAUUUUUUUGUUGAAACCAUUAAGCAUUUUCUAUGACUACCAUAGUGCUAGAUAUGUAUGUUUAAUGCAUGUGUUUCUCACCUUAUUAUUUUUAUAUACCGAGUGAUAAAAAAGUCUGUAAUAGAAAAACCAGGUGUAAUUUUUUUAAUACUUUUAAAAAUAUAUAUAUACCAUGUAUCUUAAAAGUGUACACGAAAAUGUUAAAUAUUAAUUCAUGUUAUAUAAUAACAUGAAAGCAUUUUUUAAAAAUGUUUAUUUUUUAUGUUUGUUGAUGAUGUUUCCAUUGUAUUUAAUAAAUUUUUAUUAACGUACUUUUAUGUACAUUUAUUUUCCAAUUUAAUAUUGCUGACUUUCGGUUAUCUCUGAUGUUAGAGAGAAAUUA